AUGGGAGUCCGCGAUCUUCUUAAUCGAGUUUCCGCGAGUGCUCGGGCCAAUGCUUCAGUUAUAAGUUCUGCUAACUGUCCUGUCAAUAGUGGGGCUGCGAAGAGCGGUGUUGUCCCUGUUGCGUCCAGUGGAAUAAGCCUGGCGGAAUAUAUCAAUGAGAAAUCUGCGGAUAGUGGCGCCACUCCCUUAAUUGAAGCGGCAAAGACUGGUUCCAACGAUAUUGUUCUAGUGAGUAUUCAAUCUUGUUUCUCCUGUAUCCUUGCAUCCUAG